AGAGUAAUUAGUUUGAUCUGUUAAUUACCGCGUAUUGAUUAUCCCAUAACGCGUGGAGAUAUCUUAAAUCCCUCGAAGCGUAUACAACUUAACCACGGCAGCUUAACCUACAGAUUAUAAGUAACAUCGUAGGCGAACUUUCCUUCAUUCCAGCCAUCAUGAUUCGAACGUUCGGUUUCAUUCUAUGUUCAAUACUCCCAUUAACACAAGCAUUGAGUUGUUGGCAGUGUCACAAUGCCCCAACAAACGACCAUUGUUUACGUCACGGACAAAUUGUUCAAUGCAACGAAAUGAACGCCAUUUGUUUGGAAGAGGUACGUCACUUCCGCAAAGGGUCAGUGAUGCUGAUUGAGAAGAGAUGCAAACAAGAUCAUGCGUGUAAUAAUAACGUUAUGCAGAAUCCACGGGAUUCCUACCCCAUACAGUGCAACACAAAGUCGCCCACCUCAACGUGUAGAUGUUGUUGCAAUACCGACCUUUGCAAUACGGGGCUACUGGCAUGCUGGAACAAUAUGGCGCAGUUCGACAGCCCAGAUGACGUUGUUGCAACAUGCGCCUCCCGACCCACGAUUCCAUCCAACAGCAACAUGCAAUGCUUGGGAAACAUGAAAGAGGGAUCAACGUGUGACUUCCAUUGCCAUGAAGGCUACUAUAUGGUGGGGGAACCACAGUUGACUUGUAGUCGAGUGGGUAGGAACUUUACGUGGAAUUAUCCAGAACCGGAAUGCCACUUGAUCACGUGCCCACCACCACCUGUUGCGCCACAAAACGGCUUUGUGACGUGUACAGACGGGAUCAACCUACGUAGUCAAUGCACAUAUUCGUGCGAACCCGAGCACGUUCUUAUCGGCUCAAGUUACUCGGUUUGUCGCAACGUUGGAGGGGAAAGAACCGGCCAGUGGAGCGCUACAACACCAACGUGUAGACCCCUAGUAUGCCCAUCACAAUCCCUCAGACAUGGCAGUAUAUCAUGCAGUAGAGGAAGAAAGUUUCGAUCUAACUGCAAUUUUGAGUGUGACACCGACUACCAACUCCACCCAGUCACUAUAACAGGCAACACUUGUGGUAUGGACGGCAAUUGGUCAACUCCAAUACCUUGCUGCACAAGGCCGUGUCCUCCGUUUGCAGUGAUGGACUUCAUUGUCGUGCUCGACUCAUCAUCUUCUGUUGGUCGAAGAAACUGGUUGAAGAUGAAAAGAUUUGUGAGAAGUUUCCUUGAUGACUUUGCUGUGAGAGAUGAAUUCGCAAGGUUUGGGAUUGUGCGGUACAACCGUGUGGUUGAUACAAGAACACAGAUCCUCUUAAGUGAUUUCCCCAAUAGUUUGGAAAACCUUCUUGCUAAGUUUGAACUGAUGCCUUACAAUGGGAGUGGUACCAAGACAGGUAAUGCAUUGAACCACACUGCUGAUGUGAUGCUAACCAAUGGUAACAGACCAAGUGCUCGUGAUAUUGUUCUGUUGAUCACUGAUGGUCUUGCUUCGGAUGAUGUUGCCGUACCAGCACAGAGGGUGCGAGAUACAGGGGCAUUGAUGAUGGUUCUCCCAGUUCAGCCUCCCAACGGUCGUACCUUAAACUUGGAUCAGUUUAGGGUAAUCACCGGCCCAGGGAACGAGAACAACAUCAUCAAGGAUGCUUUAACACGAGGGUUUGAUGCUUUAGAUGAAGAGUUUGCCGGCAGGAUUGGAUCUAUUCUAUGUGGAGAGCCAUGCUCUAAUUAGAACAGUGGCGAAUAUCAGGGGGUGGCAGGGGUGUGCCCUUUUCCCCAACAAAAAAAUUAUUUCAAUAAAUGAUCAAUUUUGAAAUUUUGAAAAUAUAACAUGUUAAAAUAAAAAGGCACAAAUUAAUGUUCGGUUUAAAACUGGUUUUAUUUACCAACAAUUUUGUAUUUUUUCUCCACUUAAUAAUACUGACUAUUUUAACCAAUUCUCUUGCAUUUUGCCACAGUUUCAACAACUAACAUACAUAAUGCCUAACAUAACCUGUCAAUAAAAAGAUAUUGUGAUCAAUAACGUCAUUUAACAAUAUAAACAAUAUUUAUUG